AUGGGUGGAGGAUCUAGAUGAAGCCUGGCUAGAUGGGGUAGUUGUCGAAGUAAAUGGUGAAGAGAUUAAAGUAAAUUGUACAUCAGGAAAGACAGCUGUAGCUAAUGCUGCAAAUGUUUAUCCCCAAGAUCUUGAGGCUGCGCCAGAGGGAGUGGAUGAUAUGACAAAGCUUUCUUACCUGCAUGAACCGGGUGUUUUGUACAAUAUGAAAUGCAGAUAUAGUAUUAAUGAAAUAUAUACCUAUACAGGUAACAUAUUGAUAGCUGUGAAUCCUUUUCAACGCUUACCCCAUUUGUACAAUGAUAAUAUGAUGGAGAAGUACAAAGGAAUGGCGAUUGGAGAGCUGAGCCCACACCCUUAUGCUAUCGCUGACAAUGCUUACAGGCAAAUGAUUAAAGAGGAUUUAAGUCAAUCAAUCUUGGUUAGUGGGGAGAGUGGAGCUGGUAAAACUGAAAGCACUAAGAGUCUAAUGACUUAUCUCGCAUACAUGGGGGGCAGCGUAGGGGUUGAGGGGAAGCGGACUGUGGAGCAGCAAGUACUCGAGUCAAGUCCGGUUCUUGAAGCUUUUGGUAAUGCAAAGACAGUGAGAAAUAACAAUUCAAGUCGCUUUGGAAAAUUUGUGGAGAUUCAGUUCAAUAAUAGGGGCAGAAUAUCUGGAGCUGCUAUCAGAACUUAUUUGCUGGAAAGAUCGCGAGUUUGCCAAGUUUCAGAUCCUGAAAGAAACUAUCACUGUUUCUAUAUGGUUUGUGCUGCACCAGCAAAGGAUGUUGAAAAAUACAAACUGGGGAAUCCAAGGGAUUUCCGUUAUUUGAACCAGUCUAAUUGCUAUGAAUUGGAUGGUGUUGAUGAUUCCAAAGAGUAUCUUACUACAAGGAGGGCAAUGGAUAUAGUUGGAAUCAGCCCCGAGGAGCAGGAUGGGAUUUUUCGAGUUGUCGCUGCAAUUCUUCAUCUGGGAAAUAUUGAGUUUGGGAAGGGAAGUGAUGGUGAUGCUUCACAUCCCAAGGAUGAUCAAUCGCUAUUCCAUCUUAAAACAGUUGCAGAGCUUUUGAUGUGUGACGAACAAUGUCUUGAAGACUCCUUGUGCAAACGUAUUAUGGUUACUCGUGAUGAGACCAUAACAAAGAGCCUCAGUGCGACUGAUGCAGCAGUCAGUAGAGAUGCCUUGGCUAAAAUUGUCUAUUCAAGACUAUUUGACUGGUUAGUUGAUAAGAUCAACAAUUCUAUUGGACAAGAUUCUACUUCUAAACUCUUGAUUGGACUGCUUGAUAUUUAUGGCUUUGAGAGUUUCAAGACAAACAGUUUUGAGCAAUUUUGCAUUAACCUGACUAAUGAGAAACUGCAGCAACAUUUCAAUCAGCACGUCUUCAAGAUGGAACAAGAAGAAUAUACAAAAGAAGAGAUCGACUGGAGUUACAUAGAGUUCGUAGAUAACCAAGAUAUUCUUGAUCUUAUUGAAAAGAAACCAGGUGGCAUCAUUGCUCUCCUUGAUGAGGCUUGUAUUCUUCCAAGAUCUACACAUGAGACAUUUGCAGAGAAGCUGUACCAGACAUUCAAAGAUCACAAGCGUUUCAGCAAGCCAAAACUGUCGCGCACUGGUUUCACCAUAUGCCAUUAUGCGGGUGAUGUCACUUACCAGACAGAACUUUUUCUGGAUAAGAACAAAGAUUAUGUUAUUCUUGAGCAUCAGAAUCUCCUUAGUGCUUCAAGUUGCUCCUUCAUCUCCAGCCUCUUCCCACCUUUACCAGAAGAGUCUUCUAAAUCAUCAAAGUUUUCAUCAAUUGGUUCUCGAUUCAAGCAACAACUGCAAUCUCUGCUUGAGACUCUUAGUGCGACUGAACCUCAUUAUGUUCGCUGUAUAAAACCUAAUAACCUUCUGAAGCCUUCAAUCUUUGAGAAUGGUAAUGUUCUGCAGCAACUCCGUUGUGGGGGUGUUAUGGAGGCAAUCAGGAUCAGUUGUGCUGGAUAUCCCACUCGAAAGACCUUUCAAGAAUUUAUAAAUCGUUUCAAAAUUCUCGAGCCUAAUGCAUCAGAUGGAAGUUGCGAUGAAAUUGCUGGUUGUAAAAUGCUUUUGCAGAAAGCUGACCUCAAAGGUUAUCAGAUUGGCAAAACUAAAGUGUUUCUCAGAGCUGGUCAGAUGGCAGAACUAGAUUCUGUCCGUAAUCAGGUCCUUGGGAUAUCUGCCAGUGUAGUCCAGAAUAAAUUCCGUUCAUUCUUUGUGCAUAAAAAUUUCCUUGUGUUACGCAUGGCAGCUAUACAAAUUCAAGCACUAUGCAGAGGGCAAGUUACACGGUGCAUUUAUGAGCAUAAGAAGAGAAAGGCUGCUGCUACAACCAUCCAGAAAUCUGGAAGGAUGUUUCUUUUUAGGAAAACUUACACAAUUUUAUUGUCUUCUGCAAUUGUUAUUCAAGCUGGACUUAGAGCAAUGGGUGAUCGCAAUGAAUUUCUAUUUAGAAGGAGAAACACAGCAGCUAUACUCAUCCAGAGACAUUGCCGAGGAUACUUGGCCAGCCAUCAUUUCUUACGCUUGAAGGGGGCAUCAAUUUCUAUGCAAUGCGCUUGUAGAGUAGUUAAAGCUCGCAAAGAACUACGGCUACUUAAAAUGGCUGCAAAGGAAACUGGUGCACUCCAAGAAGCCAAAGAAAAGCUGGAAAAGAAAGUUGAAGAACUGACUUUGCAGCUGGAAUUGGAGAAGCGCCAGCGACAUGAUAUAGAGGAAGCCAAGAAUCGUGAAAUUGCAAAAUUACUAUCUGCUUUGGAGGAAAUAAGGCUGCAGUUGCAAGAUACCAGCAAUUCUGAAGCUCUAAAGAAGGUUUUCGAGCAAGUUCCUACAGCAGUAUCUGAGCAAGUCCCUCCAGCAGUAUCUGAGCAAAUCACUCCAGCAGUAUCUGAGCAAGUCCCUCCAGCAGUAUCUGAGCAAGUCCCUCCAGCAGUAUCCCAGCAAGUUCUCUCAGAAAUAUCCGAGCAAGUCCCUUCAGCAGUAUCUGAGCAAGUCCCUCCAGCAGUAUCCCAGCAAGUUCUCUCAGAAAUAUCCGAGCAAGUCCCUUCAGCAGUAUCUGAGCAAGUCCCUCCAGCAGUAUCCCAGCAAGUUCUCUCAGAAAUAUCCGAGCAAGGUCCUCCUACAAAAGAGGGCUUAGUAAUAGAUACUGAACUAGUUCGUAAAUUAACAUCUGAAAAUGAAAAGCUGAAGAGUUUAGUGAGUUCUCUGGAAAAGAAAGUAGAUGAAGAAGGGAAGAAAUAUGAGGAGUCGAACAAGCUAGCAAUGGAGGCAGAGAUAAAGAUAAUUAAGCUGAAGACAGAUAUGCAGAGGCUUGAAGAGAAAAUCUCUGACAUGGAGACAGCAGAUCAGGUUCUCCGUCGACAGGCUUUAAUGAAUAAUCCUUCAGGGAAACUAUCUGGACAUUUACCUCCAACUAAUAAUGAGGGGCAGAAUGGUCAGAAAGAACUUUUGAGCGCAGGAUCCAGUAAAAGAUUUGGUACUGAAUCUGAUAGUGCACUAAGGACAUCUAACACUGAAAGGCAACGUGAGGUAGUAGAUACUCUUAUUAGGUGCAUCAAAAAAGAUGUUGGUUUCAGUGAAGGAAAACCAGUUGCUGCACUAACAAUUUACAAAUGCCUGCUAAACUGGAGAUCUUUUGAAGCCGAAAGAACUAACGUUUUUGAUAUGCUUAUUCAGAUCAUUGGUUCAGCAUUAAAGGAUGAGGCAAACAAUGAUCGUAUGGCUUACUGGCUUUGCAACACAUCUACACUACUUUUUUUACUCCAACGAACCCUUAAAUCUGCAUCUUCAUCUCAACCUCCUCCGCCCACCUCGUUUUUCGGAAGGAUGGCUCAAAGUUUUCGGACGUCCCCAUCCUUUGCCGAUAUUUCUAUAGGCGGUGUUGAUGGAAUAAGACAGGUUGAAGCCAAGUAUCCAGCUUUGCUUUUCAAGGAGCAGCUGACGGCUUAUAUUGAGAAGAUUUAUAGUAUUAUUCGAGACAAUGCAAAGAAGGAAUUGUCACCUGUUCUUUCUUCAUGUAUUGAGGCACUCAAAAAGUCCCCCACUCAAUCGUCUGAUGAAAGUGCUACUAGGAACUGGCAAAGCGUCAUUGAUUGCUUAAACAGGCUUCUAAGUACACUGAAAGAUAAUUUCCUUCCUCCAGUUCUUGUCCAGAAAAUCUUCGAGCAGCUUUUCUCUUAUAUAAAUGUUCAGCUCUUUAACAGCCUUCUUCUCCAAAAAGAGUGUUGCACGUUCAACAGUGGGGAAUAUGUAAAGAUAGGGUUAACUGAAUUACAACUUUGGUACGGGGACACACACGAGUAUGCAGGCUCAUCAUUUGAUGAACUAAAAUAUGUGCAGCAGGCUGUAAGGCUUCUGAUAAUGCAACAAAAAUCGGAACUAACCUAUGAUGAUCUUACAACUGAACUUUGCCCUAUACUUAGCAGUCAGCAGCUUUAUAGAAUAUGUAUUCUUUUUGGGGAUGAUAAUGGUUCAGAUAAUGUAUCUCCAGAAGUGAUUUCUAACCUGAAGAUACUUGCAUCGGAGGACUCUAAUGAUCCUGAUAGCAGCUCAUAUGUGUUAGAUGAUAACUCCAGCAUCCCUUUACCAGUUGAAGAACUUAGCAACUCUCUCCAUGAUGGAGAUUUCAAAGGCGUAAAACCUCCAGAAGAACUUCUUGAAAAUCCAUCAUUCGAAUUCUUACAAGGUUAAGGCUGUGAUUUUCCGCUCAGCACCAACCUGCAUUAUAUCAUACACUUUGUUGAUACCAUGAUGUAUACCAACUUGAUUGUUUUUGUAACUUGAGUUGUCUCAUCACCUCCCCGACUAGAUUGUUGUGUAGAAUUUGUAGAAUUCUUAGGUAGAGUAAGAUAAAGGGGAAGUGAUGAGUUUUUUCCCACUUAGCUAGCUCUUUUUUCAUACCUUAGGGAUUAUAUUUUGGUCAUUGAUCUAUCUAGAAACUACAGGCAGAAAUAGUGUUAGAGCCUCCUAAGUUCCAGUUGUAUACAUGAAACAUGUUUUUUGUUCAAUAGUGAAAAAAGGUUGAUGAUUGAAUCCUUA